AUGGGACAACCAGGUGACCUGGUGGGUGCGGCGAGCCCGCUGGUGCACGCGGGCGGGGGCGGCGCGGCGGGCGCGGCGCUGCACGCGGCGGCCGAGCUGAUGCCGGCGCCGGCGCGCCGCUACAACGCUUACUACUUCCGCCAUCUCGUAGUCGCGCUGCGCCCCGUCGCCGUGCGCCUCGAGGAGAGGUUGAUCCUGGUGCUGUGGGCGUGGGCGGAGCAGUGGGGCGGAGACGCGCAGGCGGCCGAGCAGCCCGACGAGGUGGAGUACGAGACUCGGCGCGUGCUCACCGAGCUGACGGCGCUGCACGCCACGCGGUACUACUUCGCACUCAUCAAGCUCAUCCCCGGACAGAUCCGGCUGUCGAUGUACACGGCCAGCAAGCUGGAGCCUGCGCUGGGCGCGCUGAAGCAGCGGCUGGGCCUGACGCUGGUGCGGUUCGAGCACGCCGCCGUCGAGCUGGAGCCCUUCGUGCGCACUCACGUGUUCGACACGGCGGCCUGCCUCGCGCGACACGCCCUGCAACACUUCAAGGACGAGCUCAAGUGGCAGGCGGCCAAGAUCCUGGGCUCGGUGGACUUCCUGGGCAACCCGCUGGGCUUCAUGGCGGACGUGUCGGAGGGCGUGUCGGGCCUGCUGCUCGAGGGCAACGUGGGCGCGCUCGUCAAGAACGUCACCCACGGCAUCUCCAACUCGGCGGCCAAAGUCACAGAGUCCCUGGGCGACGGGCUGGAGCGCGUGGUGGGCGACGAGGCGCACGAGGAGACGCGGCGGCGCAUCCGCAGCGCGGCCGCCGGCGCACACCUCGCCGCCGGACUGCGCGGCCUCGGCCUCGGCCUGCUCGGUGGCAUGACGUCCCUGGUGAAACACAGCUACGAGGGCGCGACGCAGGAGGGGCUCGGCGGGUUCGUGAGCGGCGUGGGCAAGGGCCUCGUGGGCACCGUCACCAAGCCCGUCAUAGGCGUGCUGGACCUGGCGGCCGCGGCCGCGGCGGCGGUGCGGGAGUCGAGUGCGCGCGCGGGCCGGGCGGCGCCGGCGCGCACUCGCGAGCCCCGCCCGGCGCCGCACACGGCCGCACUGACGCGCUACUGCCCGGCGGCGGCGCGCGGGGCGCAGCUGCUGCACGCGCUGGCGCCCCCCGCCUCGCCCGCGCUGGUGCACCCCGAGCGCUUCCUAGCGUACCGGCCGGUGCGCGGUGCGCCGCACGACAUCCGCGCCCUGCUCACCGACACGCACCUCAGGAUCUUCACCUGCAAGCACGACACGCCGCAAAUCGUCAUGGAGACCCAUCUCAGCAACCUGGUGUCGUGCACGGCGGUGUACGCGGAGGGCGCGCACCUGGUGGAGCUGUGCGUGCGCGGUGCGGGUGCGGGUGCGGGCGCGGGCGCGGGCGAGGCGGUGCGGCGGCCGCGCGUGCAGUGCGACAGCGGCGAGCUGGCGACGUGGCUGGCGCGCUCGGCGGCGCACGCGCGUCAGCUGCACCGCGACCUGGCGCACACGCUGCUGCCGCAUCCCGACCUCGGCUGA